CCCCGGGAACCAUGAGAGUGCUGGUGGCUGGAGGGUCCGGCUUCGUGGGGAGCGCCCUGGGCCGCCUGCUGAGGGUCCGAGGCCACACGCUCACCCUGCUGUCGCGCCGGGCAGGGCCUGACCGCAUCACGUGGGAUGAACUGCGGGACUCCGGGCUGCCUCCCUGCGAUGCUGCCGUCAACCUGGCCGGGGAGAACGUCCUCAACCCCCUCCGCCGGUGGAACGAGGCUUUCCAGAAAGAGGUGCUCAGCAGCCGGCUGGAGACCACCCGGACGCUGGCCAAAGCCAUCGCCGCCGCAGCCCACCCCCCCAGGGCCUGGGUCCUGGUCACAGGUGUAGGAUAUUACCGGCCCAGCCCCACCGCGGAGUAUCACGAGGACAGUCCCGGGGGCGACUUUGAUUUCUUCUCUCGCCUGGUGAGCGAGUGGGAGGCGGCUGCCAAGGUCCCAGAGGACUCCACGCGCCUCGUGGUGGUGCGGUCUGGGGUCGUGCUGGGCCGUGGCGGAGGCGCCCUCCGCCAGCUGUUGCCGCCUUUCCGGCUGGGCCUGGGCGGGCCCGUCGGGACGGGCCGCCAGCCCUUCCCGUGGAUCCACGUGGAGGACCUGGCGGGCAUCGUGGUCCACGCCCUGGAGGGGGACCGGGUGCGAGGGGUCCUCAACGGGGUGGCCCCGGCCCUCACCACCAACGCGGAGUUUGCCCGGGCCUUGGGGGCCGCCCUGGGGCGCCCAGCCGUCCUCCCGCUCCCCGGCUUCGCCGUGCGGGCCGUCUUCGGGCGGGAGCGGGCCACCGUGCUGUUGGACGGCCAGAAGGUCCUGCCCAGGCGGACGCUGGCCAGUGGCUACCGGUUCAAGUUCCCAAAUCUGGAGGCCGCCCUGAGGGAGGUGGUGGCCUGAGGGGCGACAGCCAAGCCACCCUGGGCGCAAGUAGCCCCACGGCCCGUUCUCCUCGCCUCCGAUCAGGGUCCCCUCCUGUAUAGAGCCGAUCUUCGGUCAAUAAAUGCGCGUAGUUCACA